AUGUCGGAGGAAAUGCAGCAGGAGGCCAUCGAGUGCACGACGCAGGCGCUGGAGAAGUGGAGCGUGGAGAAGGACGUCGCGAUGUACAUCAAAAAGGAGUUCGACAACAAGUACGGGCAGACAUGGCACUGCGUCGUGGGGAAGAGCUUCGGUGGGUGGGCGUCGACGUGCGAGCCGGGAGGCGACUGCGCCGCGCCGUGA